AUGGCCGAGGGGAACUGAAGAUCACUAAGACCAGUGGGAGCUCUGGGAGGGCGUGAAGUCACCCAGCCCCAGGGUGGGGAAGGCGAAGAGGGCGGGGGCUUCAGGCGCGCACCCGAAAGAGGGUGGGAGAGGAGGAGAAAGGGGGUGGGGGGAGUGUGCAGAGAGAGGGAGAGAAGAAAAGGGAGCGCGCUCGCUGCCGCCGCCCUCCUCUGGAGAGAAUCUGGAGAGUGGCAGAGCUAGGCUGCUGAGAAGAGCCGCAUUUCAAUGAGGACGGGCUCAUGCAAAUCACUGCAAUAAGGGCAGAAGCUGAAAACGCGGAGCCCGAGCAGCUGCUGCAGACCAGCCUCACCAUUGCUAGCACCACCAUCACCGGCACUGGUACCUUAGCCGCCUUCGCUACCACCACCACCAGCAACAGUAGCAUCACCCAGGCGAGGAGAGGAGCAGCGGAGGGGCCAAGAGACAGAACCGUUAACAAAGACGUUUGGCAGCGUCUCUCUGUGGACCUGAUUCCAUCUUGAACAUGUCUUUUGGGAGAGAUAUGGAGUUAGAACAUUUUGAUGAGCGGGAUAAAGCGCAAAGAUAUGGCAGAGGGUCUAGGGUAAAUGGCCUGCCCAGCCCGACCCAUAGUGCCCAUUGCAGCUUUUACCGCACCCGCACUCUGCAGACCCUCAGCUCAGAGAAGAAAGCCAAGAAAGUCCGUUUCUAUCGUAAUGGAGACCGAUACUUCAAAGGGAUUGUAUAUGCCAUCUCCCCAGACCGAUUUAGGUCCUUUGAGGCUCUGCUGGCUGAUCUGACCAGAACUCUGUCUGACAAUGUGAAUUUGCCCCAGGGAGUGAGAACAAUCUACACCAUCGAUGGGCUUAAGAAGAUUUCUACCUUGGACCAACUAGUUGAAGGAGAGAGUUAUGUGUGUGGCUCAAUUGAACCCUUCAAAAAACUGGAGUACACCAAGAAUGUAAACCCUAACUGGUCAGUAAAUGUCAAGACAACCUCUGCUUCCCGUACGGUGUCUUCACUUGCCACUGCCAAAGGCAGCCCCUCAGAUGUGAGGGAGAAUAAAGAUUUCAUUCGGCCCAAACUAGUCACCAUCAUCAGAAGUGGUGUGAAGCCACGCAAAGCUGUCCGGAUUCUGCUGAACAAGAAGACCGCCCAUUCAUUUGAGCAGGUUCUCACUGAUAUAACUGAUGCCAUCAAACUGGAUUCAGGAGUGGUUAAGCGCCUGUAUACCCUAGAUGGGAAGCAGGUGAUGUGCCUUCAGGAUUUUUUUGGUGACGAUGACAUUUUUAUUGCAUGUGGACCAGAGAAGUUCCGUUACCAGGAUGAUUUCUUGCUAGAUGAAAGUGAAUGUCGGGUGGUAAAAUCCACUUCCUACACCAAAAUAGCUUCAACAUCCCGAAGGAGCACCACCAAGAGUCCUGGUCCAUCAAGACGCAGCAAAUCCCCAGCUUCAACCAGUUCAGUUAAUGGAACCCCUGGUAGUCAGCUCUCUACUCCCCGCUCUGGGAAAUCUCCAAGCCCAUCUCCAACCAGCCCAGGAAGUCUGCGGAAGCAGAGGAGCUCUCAACAUGGUGGCUCCUCUACCUCACUAGCAUCCACCAAAGUGUGCAGCUCCAUGGAUGAAAAUGAUGGACCUGGAGAAGAAGUGUUGGACGAAGGCUUCCAGGUUCCAGCCACAAUAGCGGAAAGAUAUAAAGUCGGAAGGACAAUAGGCGAUGGAAAUUUUGCUGUGGUGAAGGAGUGUAUAGAAAGAUCAACUGCUAGAGAGUAUGCCCUGAAAAUCAUCAAGAAAAGCAAAUGUCGAGGCAAAGAACAUAUGAUCCAGAAUGAGGUCUCUAUUUUGAGAAGAGUGAAGCACCCCAAUAUCGUUCUGCUGAUUGAGGAGAUGGAUGUGCCAACUGAGCUGUAUCUUGUCAUGGAAUUAGUUAAGGGAGGCGACCUUUUCGAUGCUAUUACCUCCACGAACAAAUACACAGAGAGAGAUGCCAGUGGGAUGCUCUACAAUUUGGCUAGCGCCAUCAAAUACCUGCAUAGUUUGAACAUUGUUCACAGAGACAUUAAACCGGAGAAUCUGUUGGUUUAUGAACACCAAGAUGGCAGCAAAUCUCUAAAGCUUGGAGAUUUUGGCUUGGCGACCAUUGUAGAUGGCCCCCUGUACACUGUCUGUGGUACCCCUACAUAUGUGGCUCCUGAAAUCAUUGCAGAAACUGGGUAUGGCCUCAAGGUGGACAUCUGGGCAGCUGGUGUGAUUACUUAUAUCCUGCUGUGUGGUUUCCCUCCAUUCCGUGGAAGUGGUGAUGAUCAGGAAGUGCUUUUUGAUCAGAUCCUGAUGGGUCAAGUGGACUUUCCUUCUCCAUACUGGGACAAUGUAUCUGAUUCUGCCAAGGAACUGAUUACCAUGAUGCUAUUGGUGGAUGUUGAUCAGCGGUUUUCAGCUUUGCAGGUCCUUGAACAUCCAUGGGUCAAUGAUGAUGGCCUCCCUGAGAAUGAACAUCAGCUGUCAGUAGCUGGAAAGAUAAAGAAGCAUUUCAACACAGGCCCCAAGCCCAACAGCACAGCAGCCGGGGUUUCUGUCAUAGCACUGGACCACGGGUUUACCAUCAAGAGAUCAGGGUCUUUGGACUACUACCAACAACCAGGAAUGUAUUGGAUAAGACCACCGCUCUUGAUAAGGAGAGGCAGGUUUUCCGACGAAGACGCAACCAGGAUGUGAGGAGCCGGUAUAAGGCACAGCAAGCUCCCCCUGAACUCAACUCUGAAUCGGAAGACUAUUCACCAAGUUCAUCGGAGACUGUUCGCUCACCUAACUCACCCUUUUAAUAAAAAAAAAACUAAAAAAAACCCUAAAAAAAAAACCCUUUUACAAAAACCACAGCCCUUGCUUAACCCUUUGAGACUCUUAAAUUCUCCAAACUUGUGUGAAAGUUUCAUCUGAUCUAUCUGGCACUAAAAUGUUUGAAUGACAGAAAAGAAAAGUGUGCUUAUGGUCAUUUUGAACCCAUUUCCUUAUGAUGAAUGAGAUGACACACGUUUUUUGUUGAGAUGGCAACUUGCUGCUAAUAGGAUCCUCAAAGGGUUAAGUAUAUUUUGCAAUUACUUUUUUUUCUUUUUAAAGAUAGAAGCAAUGAAUGUUUUCAUCAGCCAAGCUAGGAUCUGCAGUAUGUCAUUAUAGCACACGUUAACCCUCUGAGUGCAUCGAUUUCUUUAACAUUAUAUCGGGAGGCCUCGUUAGGGAAUUAUUCAGGCCUUUUGGACUUAUACACAGAUGUUUCAGUGCUGUCAAUCUGGAUAGUUGGGGUGAAGCAGAGUCAGUAACUAAGCCAGACAUCCAGAAUAUAAUCUUGCUCCUCCCUCUUUGUGGGUUAAUGGCAGCUUCCUAACAUGGGUGGGUAUAAGAAAUAAAACACUCCUCUUAGAAAAGCAAAUGGAUUCAUGAUAGCUAAUCAACGCCGGUCCCAAUGGGGUCUGGCUCCUGGAAUGGAGGGAACUGGUUUCAUGUCAGGGGAACUAGGUGGUGCUCACCCCCAACAAGUCUACUUAUGAUGGUGUGCUGAUGCCCCUGUAAAUGCUGCUUCCACAUCAUCUGCUGCUAGUGCCAAUGUAGACUCUUGGGAAUAGUUAUAUCCCAUCUUUAUCUUAGUGUGUGAGGAUCUAAUCAGAAUCACAUUUUUUCUACAAAAAAGAAAACACAAAAUACUGGGAGAAAAAAGCAAUAACCUUGCCAGUUUCUCUGGAGCACUGGAAUUUCCAGUGCAAAGAUGGAAAAUGAUCCAGCUCUUCAUCACUUUGGGUUCCUCCUGCUCUGAGAUAUGUAUAUAUACCAUAAGACCAAUAUAUAGGGGAACUGGGAUAAAGGGAGGGGGGAUCUUGCCUUCUUUGCAAGACAGUAGCUGAAGGCUUAGCUGAAGGGGAGAAAGAAAGUAGAAAGAUGAAUCUGAAUUUUCUUUAAAAGGAGAAAGAAUAAAAAUGCUUUUUUAACCAAAAAUAUUGGUGAUACGAUUUAAACCACAUGCAUUGCUUUAGACUACUUACCCAGGCUCUCCCUGGUAAUACCAAACACAUCAGCAGUUGAGGGAGGUUUAGAUAGGAGCCUUACUGUUAUGAGGACAUAACAACCAUCGCCAGCUAUGGCUUCCUGGCAUAUCUGGCAACAACUUUCACAUAGAAAUUCUUUUCUUUUUUCCCCCAGCAAUAGGCCAAUUCUUGUCUAGGGUCUGUUUUUCACUCCUAUUCUCUGCUCUUAGUAAAUGCAUCUUUCUCUCAUGCUGUGUCUCUAGUGAAUUUCCAGUAGCAUAUAUAAUCUUUGAGCAAUGGGAUUUCAUAUGUCCCUAGUUCUUUCCUUUGAGAUCGAGUCACUGCAAUGUUCAAAGGAGAGUGAAGCCUUGUUUGCUUGGAGGCAGGAGGCUGAACCAAAUAACCUCCUAAGGUCCUCUUCAGCUCCACGUUUUGUAAAGAAGGAAGCAGUGAAUCAUAUCUUUUAGCAAAAUUGCAUUGACUGACUUGUACAUUAAUUGCUUUUCACAGUGUUUUUGAUGUUCUUCCCUUAAGGGUUUUAAAAGAUAGUGUAUGUAGUAGCAGAAAUUUUGCUCCGAAUUUUGUGUUUGGCUUCUCUAGUCUUUUUUUCCCCCCUCCAAUAGAAAAUGAUCUUCAGAGUAUACUUUUUACUCUUUCAUUCAUGCACCAUAGUCAAUAUUUCAACAUUUCCAUAUUUAAACUGCAGUGCUUUUGGUGGCACGGUGUCCCAAAGCAUUUUACCUUCCCACUAUUAAGUUUAAUUUUUUUAGUAUGUGUCAUCCUAACAUAUAUGUCAGCAAUGUACACUUCAUUGGGAGUUUUGUUUUUCUUUCAAGAGCCUGAGGUCACAGCACAUGUGAUCACAAGCUAAAGUAAAUGAAUUGUUUCUGAAGAGUAAAGGGUUCCCCUUUGUAUUUUCAGAGCUCAAUUAAAAGAACCCAAAGAAUCCAUGUUGGUGUGGUUCUGAGUAGAUUAAAACCUUUGAUUUGGAUGACAAAAUUCUAAAGCUAGAAAUUGCGGUACCUUUUCAUUCAAUAACCUAAUUGGUAGUUGAAGACACAGAUCUGGUGAGAAAAAAAUCGCCUUCUCUAGACCGAUGAAGUAAAACACUUUUAUAAAUCUUGGAAAUAGUCAUUUAAUUGGCCUCACCUCCUAACACAAGAAUAGGAAGAAUCAUAUGGCCAAACAGCAGUCUGCUCUAGAAUAAAUGUGCUUUUCCUUUCUUCCUUGGGAUCAGUUCGUUUAUAAAUUCUAUUUGGGGGGAUGGCACUAAAUGUAUUUCAACAGCAUCUGGUAUAGAGUAGGUGCCCCACUCAGUCAAGCCUUUGUAUCAACAAAGUCUGUGAAUCACUCCAUAGAUUGUAUGCAGCUUUGGUGCCUGAACCCAAUGGUGUUGGGGAUAGAGGAUACCUCAAUUCUGAGUGAUGUAUGCUAAAUAAACUGUGGAAGAAAAGGUACCCAGCUUAUUGAGAAGGAAUAUUGAGUCAUCCCACAGAAUGCAAUUUUGAUUGGCAUUUAUUUAGGUCCAGUAAGUCAGAGAGCAUAGCUGUACUCAGAGGGUUAACAUAAAAGCACAAAGCGUGCCAAUUACAUUGGUGUAUGCAAACUGCUUCACUUCUUAGUCUUUGUUUCCCGAUUUUGUUUCCAGAAAAUUAAUCCCAAGAUGAUCUUCCAUUUGAAAUAGCUAUGUGUUGUUCUUCUGCAAGGAAUUUCUAUAACCAAAUUCAUCUUCCUUUCUGUUGCACCAAUCAGAAAAAUUCAGUGUAUUAUCAUUAUGAAAGUAUGAGUCUAUAGUUAAAAGUUGAAAUUCUAACCCUACCAGUGAUUCCAGAUCUUUUUUUCCCUAAGUCUUGAUAAUCAUUUAUGACGGUGACAUAGAUGACUGAAGCCGUCUUCCCUUUAGAGCAAAGGAAUAACAAUAUGACAUUUUCAAGGGAGUUCUGAGAUUCUGCUUUGUGGUUGAGUAGUGUACUAGUUAAGGGAAAGCUACUUUAUUAUGCAUUGUGUAAAUCAUCUUUGUCAAUGCGAACUGUUCAUAUUAAUGAACACAUCCAUUUUCUUUUCUUCACAUUGUAGCAGAAACCGUUUUACUUGUUAACAAUCAACCAAUAUGUGAUUUGCUUCAGACUGUUAGAGGGAAAAGAGAGAUUCAAGUCUUUGAAAAAUGUUAUUGCUUUAUACAGUAGCCCUCAUCUACUUUCCAUGUGGUGCAUUUAACUAAAAUAACCAACAAGAACCCUGUGAAUAAACUACUGAAAAAGCCUGGCGUCUUGUAUUCAAUGGGGCCCGCCACCACAGCCCAGUCCGGUAGUACAGUAGCAUAUGGUGGUUAGCCAACCUGUCAAGCACUGUCGAAAUGAAAGCAAUAUAUCCAUGAAUGAAAGGUAAAUUGCAAUCCUUUGCCCUUUGAGGUAUAUUUCAGUCAGGGAGGGGAACAAAAAGGAAAAAGAAAAAAGAAAAAUGGGCUCUGAGGGUCACAGUGCUACCAUAUGACCACAGGUCAAGUACAUUAAAUCACUGUUAUUUGCUGGCCAAUGGGCCACAUUAGAAAAUUGUAUCCCCUGUAUUGAGUUUAGAUUGUGGUGAGGGAGAUCUUUCUUAGCAUUAUUGUGGUACCCGCGAGCCCUGCUCUAGUCAAGGGUCUGUCAGCAUUUCCAUUACAAACUCCUAUUUUCAAAGGUUUUUAAUUUGACCAUAAAAAAUGUGCUCCCGGCUGAAACUUGGCAUGUACUGCCUCAACCAGGGGGUGAAGGAGGGCUUGCUUUCUCAUCUCCCUCCACCCAGCUCUCCCUGCAGAAAAGAAAAGAAUUCAUUUUGGCCCUUUACUGACAGUUAUAGAAGGGCACCAAGAAAAUCAGACAUAUUAGCUUGAGGGUGGAUAUUCAUUUGCAUAGGGUUUUUUUUUUAAACCAUAAAUAAAUCACCACCCAGGUCAGUUGGCCUGUGGUAUGGGUGAUAUAUUUCUUUCUGUAAUUUGUGAAUCAUUUUUAAAGAAGAUUUGGAAGUGCUUGAUUGACUUUGUUAUCCAUUCAAAGAUUUGCAAGGACUUUGAAUAGGCAAAUCAGAGGGUAGGGCUUUCCUUGGUAUUCUCAGCCCAAUCCCUUUAUAAAUUAGAAAGAAUCCUCUCCAAUAGGCUAUCACUUUGCAUGCAGUGAUAGAAGGUCACACAUAUGCUUAUUUAAUAGUGGAGUAUGGAUUUACACAUUAAACUAUAAGAGUUUCAUGGAGCCAUUUAAUUCUGCUAGGCAAAAAUACUCAUUAAAAGCACUCCUAUGAUUGGUGGCUAAGGUGGAAUGGAAAUCCUAGAAGGAAGUAUCUUUAAUUUUUCAAAAUACUUGCUCAAAUACUUCACCCUGAAUUCUUAGCCACAGCAAAGAUGUCUUAAAAUGUUAGUUAACUUAUGUUUCUGUGUGAGAACAUACAGAAUGGUCUCACCAAAUAUGUUAGGAAAAAAAAAAAGACUCUGGGGGUGCUUUUAAUGGGGGCUUUUUUUUUUUCAAAUGGUACAAACAUAACCUAUCAUCCAGUAACAUUAAGGGUCAUAAACUGGUGGGAAACAGGAAAUUCAGUGUAGAGGCUUAGGAUGCCUCUUUGAAUUUCCUUGGUUGUACUUCAGGAUUGCAGCUCCCAUGACCAUUUUUCAGUGAGCUUCCAAAUGGCAGGUGUUUUUAACAUGAAGUCUGCAAUAUUUUGGCCCACUGAGGCAGUCAAGGGAUCUAAUUUCAUCCUCCCCUGGAGGGAGGGGGCAGCAGUCUUUAAAAUUCAAUUUUACCUGUAACUUAACUGGACUUCUUUCUUUCUUUUGGGGGUGGGGGGUGUCAAUAUAAUUAAGAUCCUUAAUGUUACUUGAAUAUAAAAUUGUUUCAUUUUGCUGUGAACAUAGUUUGUGUGUUUAAGUAACAUCUGUCCAGAAACCAUCCCUGUUGAUAUUAAAAGAAGGUAGUCUUUUUUUUUUAAGUGAUAAUAAAGACACUAUAGUAUCAGCUCAUUCAAGUCUAAUAAAGUAUGGUAAGAAGAAGGUCUUGAAUAGUUCCCAAGGGACAAUUUUUCACUCUUUGGUGUGUUCUCAGAAAGAAAAAAAAAACCAAAACUGGUCCAAGGUUAGCAACAUCUCUGUAACUUUUUUUAUUUUAUUAGGAAAUUAAUAAUACCAUUUUUCAUCCUGACUGAAAGAAAAUUAUUAAAGGAUUAGUUGAGUGUGAAAUUAAGUAGUAUUUUUCUCAUGCAUGCUAAAGAGGUAUGCAAGGAGCUCACUGCAUUCAAACAAGUCUCUGAAUGGUUUCAAUUCUGUGCAAGACAAAAUUAACUGUUUCCUUUGAAAAUACUGAACUUAACAGUUGCUGGGUGGAUCAGAUGACAGAGGUUAAUCUUUAAUUUUCAGGAGACUAAUGAAAUAACUUUCAAAUGAUUUGUAUCAAUGAUUAAAGCUGAAAUGAGGUCCAAUUUUUUCUAAUCCCUCAGUUUAUGCUAACAAAUGUAGGUUAAUGUGGAAUGGAAUCAUCUGUGAUAUAUUAUGUUCAUUUCUGAACUCAGCUUUUUUGAUGUUGCUUGUUUUUAUGUAAAACAUGUUCUUUAAAUUAAUAAAAAUAGUAGUACUUGGUGUAUAAACCACUACGGAAUACCUUA